UUACUAGACAGAGUGCAUUUCCUAUCCCAAAUGAAAGCUCCCUCUUGUCUCUCUCUCUCUCUCCCAGCCCCAACUCCAUAUACCUACGCUGUCUCUCUGUCUCUCUCUCUAUAUAUAUAUAUAUAUCGAUUUUGUUUCAUGUUCAUAAAAAUCCUCGACUGACGAUCUGACUGUCUCCGGCGAGCUUCUCCGAUCGUCGUUCCGAGAUGCACCGGUCGACGACGACGAUGAAUUUAAGGACGAUCCAGAAAUGUUGGAUCCAUUUGCUGUAAUCAAAGUUCGAUCCAAGAUCUGGCUUCGCAAGAAGAAAAAAGCCAAACCCUAGAUCCUUAACCCUAGUUAUGUAAAUUUUAUCGAAAUACGUUCACUCUUGUGUUCGUAUCUUUGUAUAAUGAUCCCCCGAUUGUACAGUCUCGAAAUUAGGGUUAGGUUUUCGUUUUUGUAAUUUAGGGUUUAUUCGUUUUUGUAAUUUAGGGUUUAUUACAGAGCUCUGAAAGUGGCGAAGAUGAAUUUACGUACAGCCGAUGAAGAAGAAUCCGCACAAGAAAUUCAUUUACCAGCCGAAAUCGAUUGGAAAAUGCUCGACAAAUCAAAGUUUUUCUUCCUCGGUGCCGCGUUGUUUUCGGGCGUUUCAGCUUCUCUAUACCCUGUUGUGGUUUUGAAAACUCGUCAACAAGUAGCUCAAUCUCAAGUUUCUUCGAUAAACACUGCAAUUUCGAUCGUUCGGUACGAGGGUUUUCGUGGCCUCUAUUGUGGAUUUGGAACUUCAUUGAUGGGUACAAUUCCAGCUCGAGCAUUGUACAUGACUGCUCUCGAAGUCACAAAGAGCAAUGUUGGAUCCACAAUCAUAAAAUUAGGUUUUCCCGAGCCAACUGCAGCUGCAAUUGCUAGUGCUGCAGCUGGAGUAAGUGCUGCCGUGGCUGCCCAGCUUAUCUGGACUCCCAUUGAUGUUGUGAGUCAAAGACUAAUGGUUCAGGGCAGUCAAAACCUUAAAAACCCGAAAACCCCCAAUCCCUCUUGUAAAUACCUCGGUGGAAUCGAUGCGUUUAGGAAAAUUCUCAACACGGAUGGACCAAAGGGUCUUUACAGAGGUUUUGGGAUUUCAAUUCUGACUUAUGCUCCUUCAAAUGCGGUUUGGUGGGCUUCGUACUCUGUUGCACAGAGACUCGUUUGGGGUGGAAUUGGAAACUAUGUGUGUAAAAAAGACUAUUCAAAGAGCGAAAAUGGUGUGAAUACCUUCAGACCGGACUCGAAAACUGUAAUGGCGGUUCAGGGGAUUAGUGCAGCCAUGGCGGGUGGUGUUUCGGCAUUGAUUACAAUGCCUUUGGAUACAAUCAAGACGAGAUUACAGGUCUUGGAUGGAGAUGAGAAUGGGAGGAAGGGACCGAGUAUCGGAACAACGGUUCGGAAUUUGGUUAGGGAAGGUGGGUGGACGGCUUGUUACAGAGGUUUGGGACCUAGGUGGGCUUCAAUGUCCAUGUCUGCAACUACAAUGAUCACUACUUAUGAGUUUCUGAAACGCCUCUCUGCUAAGAAUCGAGAGGGUUUGACAUCAUGAACACACACAGAAGCAAAACUGUGGGAGAAAUUUAAGGUACCUCCUGGACCAGCUCGGAACCUCGACUAUUAACCAUACCUAUCACGAGGGAAACAAAUGCGCAAACUAGCUUGCCAACGAAGUGUUCAUUCAUGAGGAUCUACUUGUUUUCUCUUCUAUUCCAAACUGUAUUUCCUUUCAAGUAUUUGAAGACGCUAAGGGUACUUUUUACCCUAAAAAUUUAACCGCUUAAUCUUUAUUAGU